ACUGCGCCACCAGGAAUGCUUAACCCAGAUUCUUAAUCGAGUGUGUUUCUAACUGCUCCCAGGUUUCGAUUCUCUAAUUCCCAGACGAAACAAUAAGAAAACGAAGCUAGGCCGUGGUAGGAUCAUUACUAUUGCCCCUUAGUUUUCUCCGCGCUACCACACAGCCAAGGGAUGGGGGUGGGAUGGACUCAGCUACUGAACAUCUGAACCACGUGCGAUAACCAGUCUGCAGCGCCAAGUUCGACUUUACCCGCCUUGACCGCAGGUUCCUGCUCAAUCUCUGUGGUGCAUUUGCGUGCUGCCCUUGAUCGCCCCGCCCCUGCUUCCACAUCGCAGUGACGCCCCUUCCGCCAAAGUUGUGUAGCCUCCUUGCGGCGCCUGCGCACUGUCACAUUACGGCGGAACUAAUCUGGCGACCUUGGGCUUUGACGCAUUUAGUGCCAGGAAGGGAAAAGGGGGACCACAGAAUGCGUCACACCCGGAAGCGGAGAUCCGGAAGUGGGGUUGGACAGGUUAUCCCCAAGGGUGGGGCAGCGGAGGCCCAGGAGGAGGGGGAAAAAAGAAGGUGGAGGAUCCUGGCUACUAACCUGAAUCCGAUACCGAUUCUCUUAGACCUCAGAGACACAGAAAAGACAGAAGGGUGCCUCAUCCCCCUUCCUCCGCUCCCCCCUCUCUUCAGCCUUAGCCAUGGCGGAGGCAGGGGCCGGGCUGAGUGAGACCGUCACUGAGACAACGGUUACCGUGACAACCGAGCCCGAGAACCGGAGCCUAACCAUCAAACUUCGGAAACGGAAGCCAGAGAAAAAGGUGGAAUGGACGAGUGACACUGUGGACAACGAACACAUGGGCCGCCGCUCAUCAAAAUGCUGCUGUAUUUAUGAGAAACCUCGGGCCUUUGGCGAGAGCUCCACGGAGAGUGAUGAGGAGGAAGAGGAGGGCUGUGGUCAUACACACUGUGUACGGGGCCACCGCAAAGGACGGCGUCGUGCAACCCCGGGACCAAGCCCCACCACCCCUCCCCAGCCUCCUGACCCCUCCCAGCCCCCUCCAGGGCCAAUGCAGCACUAAAUUCCUCUCUCCCCCACCAUUCCUGUGUCUGUCUGGCCCUGAAUGUAUUCAUGUGGCUACUCGGGGACUAAACCCAUGGUUUGAUCCCUUCUCCAGCCCCCUCCUUCCCUCUCCUCUGCCUGAUAGAGGGAAGAGGGGGAGGAGGGUGGACAGAGAUCCUGGAAUUCUGACUUGCUGCUAUUCCAGAACCCAGGCUUCUGGGUUCCCCCAGCCCUCAUUUCCGCCUCCUCUCUUCAGGGAUCCAGGCAUCUUGGUCCCAGUCUUUUCCCUUUGUUCUCACUGCCAAACUACCUGUCCUGUGAUCUAAUUAUCUUGGCCCCUUGCACUCUCUACUUGAGUUCCAAACAGUUAAAUUGGGUUUCCAACAGCCCCAGCUUUCACUGCCAGGGUCCUAGUCAGAUUCCAGGCUAUCUUGCCCCAGCUAUGCUGUUAAUCCUGGCUUAGAGCUUUUCCACUAAUGUAUUUAUGUCAUCCUAACUCUUAGUCCUUGCCUGUGGGAUGUGAGGUCUUAUGUGAGACAUCAGGGCUCCUUGCCCUUUUCCUCCUCUCCUGCCCACUCCCAUCAUGCCCUUAAGAGGAGUUAGGAGAGAGAGAGGUCUUUGUCAUUCUCACCUUGGGAGAUGGGAAAUGGAAAAAGAAAUAGUCAUGUCCUCUCCCCUCACCCUUCUCGUGUGACCUAAGGUUUCUGACAAAGCUGGCUUCAAGACUGGUCACUUAGAGCCAACUGUCUCCUCAGCCUUUGGUCUUCCAGCUUAGGAGACAGAUCCAACACGGUCCCAGGGGCCUGGGUCCCUGGGAGAGGAAGGAACAGGGAGGGAGCAAAGAGAUGCACUCUCACCCCUUCCUUCCUAGGCUUUGAUGUCUCUGCCAGCCCAGAUGUCCUGGCCUUCCCCACCCCUUACUGGGAUCUGGAUAUCAUUUUCCAGGCCUCUUGCCGUGUGCAGUUGCAGAGAUCAGUCAAAUCCGUACCGCCACUGAGAUCUCAUUUACUGCUACAGAUGCACAAAAUAAAUAACCCAACAUCACAAAGUGUGUUAAA